AUGAAGGAGAGAAGGAGAGAAGGAGGAGGAGAGAAGGAGGAGAGAAGGAGAGAAGGAGAUGAAGGAGAGAAGGAGAGAAGGGGAGAAGGAGAGAAGGAGGAGGAGAGAAGGAGGGAGAGAAGGAGAGGAGGAGAGAAGGAGAGAAGGGGAGAAGGAGAGAAGGAGGAGGAGAGAAGGAGGAGAGAAGGAGAGAAGGAGAUGAAGGAGAGAAGGAGAGAAGGAGAGAAGGAGAGAAGGAGAGAAGGAGAUGAAGGAGAGAAGGAGAGAAGGAGGGAGAGAAGGAGAGGAGGAGAGAAGGAGAUGAAGGAAAUAAGGAGAUAA